UACGAUUGAAAUACAAAAAACAUUAUUUAAAAUUAUAUCAUUAUUACCUUAAACUAGUUCUAUUUGUGAAUAUUUACAUAUAAUUAGUAUAUUUUACAUAAUGGUUCGACUCGAAUUUUCCAUAGGAAUAUUCGUGUGCAUUAUUGCGAAUGUUUUCUGUGCAGUGAGUUCCAUUGAGGAAGACUCAGGGAAUGGAAGGUAUGCUAUUGAAGGUCGAGUUUUUCCACCUGACGACCAAGACUCGACGAAUUGGCAAGUUAAUACACGGAUUCACGUUAACGGAGGCGAAUACAUAGGUUUCAUAAAAGAUGAUGGCUCUUUUACGAUAUACAACAUACCAACAGGAUCGUACGUGGUCGAAAUCCUAAACCCUGAUUACAUGUACGAACCAGUCAGAGUUGAAAUUAACUCAAAGGGCAAGUAUAGAGCUCGUAAAGUGAAUUACAUACAAACUUCGCAAGUGAUUCAAGUUCCUUAUCCAUUACGAAUGAAACCAGUUACCAAGUUGCGUUAUUUCCAAAUACGUGAGCAGUGGAGGCUGACUGACUUUUUGUUCAACCCAAUGGUGAUCAUGAUGGUGCUUCCGUUGUUACUGAUCAUGAUUUUACCUAAAAUGAUGAAUGACCCGGAAACAAAAGAAGAUUUGAAGCAAAUAAGCAACAUGGCAAAGAUGUCCGAGUUACCUGAGAUGUCAGAAAUGUUCACAUUGCUGUUCAACAGAGGAGCUCCUAAUAAAGCUAAUGCCAAAGCUAAACAAGUCAAGAAGAGACAGUAGUCACUUUUAUCUUAGUUAAGAAAUGCUAGAACUAUUGUUUCAUGUAUUGUUUAGGAAUAAUUGUCAAUAUAUUAUUUAAAAUUU